UAUAUAUAAAUAACCACGACUCUUGGUUCAUGAUCAGUCUGCGCACUUUCUAACCUUCAGAAGCAUCGCCAUCAUUUACAAGCUUCAAGAUGAGAGCAAUCGUAUUGCUGUGUCUGCUGCCUGUAGCGCUCUGUGCAACUCCCAAUUAUUAUUCCUGGAAUCCACAAAACCACAUAGGACACAAGGAUGACACCUAUCUAAAGUGUUACGACCAGGCGUCUUGUGGCUGUUGUCUGAUGCAGAGACAAAUGGGCAGGAUGGAGAUGUACUUUAACAAGAGCGUGGAAGGAAUGCACAGGCUGCUUAAUGAAUCCAAGAAGGAAAUCACUGAUAUGAGAGCCAGCCGCAGUGCCUUCUCUGUGGCUCUAAACAAUGACAGCGCUUUGACCUGCUUUGGCCCCUUCGCUACCAACAGAGUUGUCAUCUACAAACACGUCUUCCUCAACCUGGGAGGCGGCUACAAUGUGAGCACAGGCGUGUUCACUGUUCCCCGAUCUGGUGUCUACAGCUUCGCCCUCACCGUCUACGGUAGAGCUCCUAACAGCAGCACCUUGGCCGCCUGCGCCAACCUGCGAGUUAAUGGCACAGUGGUGACAGGACCCACCGAAAACGGCAUGCAUGACCGAGAGGACAGCGCCACCAUCGUUGUGGCCGUUAAGCUGAAGGCUGGGGACAAGGUGGACGUCGUCCUGCCUGCAGGGUGUUUCCUCUGCGACAACAGCAGCCACUUUAACACUUUCACCGGCUUCUUGCUGUACGCUACUGAUCACCAUCGCCAUCCCCACCCUACCAUGGUGUAACUGCUCUGUGCUUUGUACCAGCUUCUGCCCUACUUUGAAAAGAUUUAAGUCUGAUGAAAUCUUUCUGUGGCAGCAUCAGUGGCUUUAGCUCAUGAUCUGUUGUACUCCCACCAUUUAUUCUCCCCAUUAGUGAUUGAGAUUCAGUUUUGAGGAAUAAUUUGUAAUGCAUCUUCUCUGAAUUCACCUGGGACAUUUUUUGAGCUUUCUGUUUUUCGUGUUUAAUUAUCUUGACCAUGUCAAUUACUGACCUUUAACAAAAUAAAUGAUGUGAUCUCUGAAGCCUACCAACAAAAUAAACUAGAUUCUUAAACAACA